AUGUCUUUGCGACCUACAAUCCUUUUCCCUCUAUUUUUGUUUUUCAUCCUACUAUGUGCUUCAUUUGCCAGUGCAUAUACAGCAGAUGAGACAAUCGAAGAAUUACAUCGACUUUUUAAACGUGAAGACAAGCUGCCUUAUGAUUCGCUACCCAGCGACAAAUGCAACGUUCCCACCGUGUGCUCCAAUAUCCAAUCACCAGUGAACUGCCGUUGUAGCGAUAUGCUAACAGUAUGCCAAAACAACAAUGGCCAAUACUGCUGGGGUUCGCAGCUGCUUAAUCAAACGACCGGAUGUCCAGCCGUACCUGAAUCGUGCAGUGCACAAUUCAAUGGUACUGCAAAUUGCCUUUGUAACGGCGAUACCGUUUUGUGUGUUGACGGCUAUAAUCAUUACUGCUAUGGAAAUUAUCAAGGGUCUUCGGCUGCUCCUGGUAGCUCAGCUGCUAGCAGCGCAUCCGUGUCUCUCGAUACUAUCCCAACCACAGUAUCCUCCUUGUCGGGCAGUGGUGGUGAUGCCAAUCAAUCCAACAACCCAUCAUCUGAUUCUGGCGCACAAUCACCUACUUCCUCAUCUUUGGCUGCCUGGACUUUGCUAGCCCUUACUGGAUCCACCGCUUAUUUUGUUACUCUCUAG